AUGAACGAGUUGCUCGGCUGGUACGGCUAUGAGAGGUUGGAGCUACGGCGAUGGGCAGCCUCCAGAGCCCGGGACGGCUCCAGCCCUGAACAAACCAGCGAAAACAAAACUAAAGCAGAUGAAUGUUCUUGGUGCAACAAGAGUAUUACCAGCGAGAGUGGGGCGUUGCAACAGGCAGGCGCCACUUUCUGUUCGGAGCUAUGCUUCAGCCAGUCAAGAAGAGCAAACUUCAAACGAGCUAAGACGUGCGACUGGUGUCGGCACGUGCGUCAUACGGUGGCUUACGUGGACUUUCAGGACGGAGCUACACAGCUGCAGUUCUGCUCAGACAAGUGCCUGAACCAAUACAAGAUGCACAUUUUUUGCCGUGAGACACAAGCGCAUCUUGACCUUAAUCCACAUCUAGUGAACGCGUCCUCUUCCUCUAAUCUCAUCACUCCAGAAUUAUGGCUCAAAAACUGCAAGAGCCGCUCUGCGUCACCAACUUCCGAAAGAUCCGCAUCACCCAACCCAGAGAACACGUCUAAUAUACCGGGAAAUAUUGAUAAGGCCGAAGUGCAAAAGACUCAAAAUAGAUCUCCUCUUCCACUUAUUACUAUUGCUCCAACAGCGAAGCUGAUGAAGCAAAAGCGCCCGUCUGCAGACUCAAUGCCUAUUCAGAAGUCGCCCGAAUCGAAGAAAGACUCCAAAAACACCAAAAUGAAUUUGCGAAAGCGGAGAACGUCGAAAUGUUCGGCGACAGUGACUUCGCAGACUGUUAGGCAGCGAACUUCCACACCGAAAGCUCAAGAUCUUCGAAUGUGCAGUCCUUCGGAAGGAUCUUCAGCUUCAUCGACAGUCGGAAAUACAAUACAUUCACCACCGCACCCCAUAAAUCCACAUCCGCCUGCCCCACCUUUUCCUUCCAACCCUAUGUUCUCAAUGCCUCCUCCAAUGUUCAUGGAGAACCAUGAUCCUCGAUACGCUCACAUGUUCCCGCCCCGACUUAAUUUCAUGCCUCGGCCUGGACUCCUUGAGAGGCCUCGUCUGCCACCACCCCUAAAUUUACCUCCAUCAAUACAAGGCUCGGUGCCGCCAGUAACUGUAUUAGUUCCGUACCCUGUAAUAAUACCGAUACCGCUUCCAAUUCCUAUACCAAUACCGUUAUCGGCGUUCGUCCAAGCCCACUGCGCCAAUAAAGUUAAAACUGAAAGUAAGGCGGAAGACGUAGAAGGACCUUUAGAUUUUACAAUGAAUAGCGACAAAAAGAAGGAAGAAGAAGCCGGGGGAAGUAUUAACGAAACAAUUCCUGAACCACCUGAGGAUACCAGUCCAGAUGCAGAUCAAAACAACGAGCGGAUAGAGGAAGACAAAACUGAAGGUGAAGGUACUGAUGCUGGCAACCCAGAGCAGACUUUGCCGAAAUUUAAAAUAACAAGAUUAGGAAACAAAAUGGCCAAAAUCGUAGCUAAAAGCAGAGAACCUUCAGAAUCGACUAGACCGUUAAGGAAGAGGCGGAGACUCGUCGAAGCUACUGACGACGAAGCACUCAUUCCACAGACGAGAAAGAUUGUCGAAGUAUAA